AUUGUGUUAUAUUAACAAUUAAUAUUAAUUGGAUAAUAACGAAAAGUUUCAUGUUCCUGUGAUGCUAAUAUAAUAAUAAUUAAUAAUGGAAAACGCCAGUAACCUGGAGCAAUUUCUUGCUGACACUUGGCAGGACGUCGCGAAUCUUGCACGUGAGUCUGCUGUUUAUAUAGAUCAUGCAGCAACGGAGUGUCUGCAUUGGUAUACUGGUGGCAAGAUGUACUCCUUUCUUAAGGAUGCUGGUGCAGUGUCGGUUUAUGAACUGGCCAUGUACAAUUUUCGUUAUGUCAAAGUACAGAAUUGCAAGAAGGCGAUUAUUAUUUCAACCUCCACCAAUCCAGCAUUUUAUCAACGUACAGUCAAGAUGAUAAUGGAGAAGAAUGCGUUUGAUUGUUGCACAAUUGUCACUGCUGCACAUCCAACUGUACUCAAUUACGAGGACACAGUCCCAUUAGAGGAUAGAGCGGAUUAUAACAAAUUAAAGAGAGAUGUGAAAAGCUGGAUGCAUUCACAAGACUGUUCAGUGACAAUAUUAUUUCGACCAAUUUUUAUUAGUCCAAUUGAUGAUGGUUUAUUUGUGACGCCAGCUUUUGGUGAUCUAUUAUCACCUUUAAAUAGUGAGUCAGUAAAGAAUUCAGAGUGCACGGUUGAUCAUCUUGUGAGCUUAUUUAAUAAUUUGUUUACAUACUUGAACUUGAAGGAAGAUAUUUAUUCGAUGGGAAAAUUCAGUGAAUAUGUUGCUGAAAAAUUAGAUGUACUACCAGCAGCUGUUAAUCGUAGAAAUAAUUCAUCUGGUGCAAAGAGAAAAGGGGUAUCUUUAAUCUUUGUCGACAGAGCAUUAGACCUUUGUACUCCUACUAGUAAUAAUACUGAAUCAUUGCUAGCCAGGAUACUGUGUACUUUAUCACAUUUACCUUAUCACUGCAACGAUGUCGCUAUAAAUAUGUCUCCUCUAUUUUGUGGCACACAGGAACUUAUUGAAGUACCAGGAUGUUUGGCUAGCAACGACAAAAGCCUGAUGAAUAUAUUAAUCACAAAAAAGCAAAAAGAGGUGUUGAUUACUAUGAACAAAAUGCUCAAUGAUAUAUUUUUGACAAAAGAAAAUCUAAAGUCAAAACUAGCAACAAGGAUUUCUGCGCACAGUUUAGAAAAACUUGUAAAUAAAUUCAAAGACAUAGAUAAUCUUGAUGCUAUAACGGAAUCAAGCAAAAAACUUCAAGUGGUGCUGGCAAUUAUACAAGCCUUAACAUCGGAGAAAACUUCCCAAUUAGAUCUAUUGAUUAGUCUUGAGAAAUUGGUAUUGCAAAACAUAGCUGUAAGUCGUGAAUCUACGAGUGUGCUUGGGCAAUUCAGCAAUAUAAUACAAACUCGCGAAAAACGAGGUCUGGAUACAGAUAAUAUAUUGGCACUUUUGGUGCAUAUUUAUGCAUUGGCUGGAACGGAAAUACAAUUCUCUCCUCAACAAGAGCAGCAAUUGAAGGAAGCCAUCGCCGAUGCUAUAUUUGAGGAUAGUGCAAAAUUAAACGAGAAUCCAGUCAAUAAUAAGAUGUCAGUGUAUCAACAAACUUUAUUACUCUUUGGUGCUGCUGAUGAUCAAUCCAUGAAGGAAAUAUCUACAAAAGUAGCGGAACGCAUCAUGAAUGUUUUACAUGAAAUAGCACAGCAACGUGCAUUUCUACAUGAUUACACCUCCUUGAUGUCUAAAUCGAGUUCUCAAGAGAUUGUUCAACGUGUUGGAAUCUUGCAACAAUUAUUGACAGACAUAUUUCAUCCAGACAGAUAUGAAAUUCCUGAUUUAUACCAGAGAUCAUCCUCAUCCUUGCUUUCAGCUGGAUUCAAUUUAUUUUCCAAAGGAAGAGUGAAACACCAUCCAUGCGACAAUGAUUGGGUUAUCAUUUACAUUAUUGGGGGUGUAACACCAGAGGAAGUGAAAGAAGCUAAAGAAAUUAUAUCAUUAUUCAAUCCAAAUUGUCAAACAACCAUAGCAGGUUCAAGAUUGUUAAAUCCAUUAGAUAUAGUGGACAAAUUUCUCCUCUCAUCGAUCGAUUACUGAUCGAAAAUUAUCUCACCUCUGAUAUAUCAAAGAAUCCACUUUACACCAGAAUCAGAGAUUGUAUAACGAAUCUGUUUUACAUCAUCUGCAGAUUGUAUACGACAUAUAAACUCACGGCUUACAGAA